AGAAAUUCUGUAGCAUAUUUAGUCCUUGUUAGUUUUGAAAAGUAAUUAUGGAUUCAAAGGCAUUGUUUCUAUUUUUGUGUUCUUCUGUUAUGAGUGUAUCUUGCAUUCAUGGAGCAAAACUACUAUUUGCACCCUUAGACUUAGGAUAUAAUAGCAGGGUAACAAAUAUGUUAAAACUGUGCAAUUUGAUGUACAAACAAGGGCAUGAUAUCAGUGUAUUAUGGUCUGAAUUACUACAGAAACACGAGCUAUAUGAAAUGAAUGAGAAAAACAACUUGAAAAUGAUGGAACAGUAUGAUAUCAUUACAUACAAAACUCCAGUCCUGAAUGGAACAGGAAAUCAAAAUUGGUUGGAUGAUAUGAUUGGACUGCCUAUGUCACAGCAAAAUGAACCUACCAGACCUGUAAUUCUCUCCAACUUAGAACUUACCUUAAAAGAUCAAACUGCUUGGAAGAGAUUAACUGAAGUGAAGUAUGAUUUGAUAAUAACUGAUGAAUACGUAUUCGUUACAAGAAUCCUAGGAGCGCAGUUUGAUAUUCCUGUUAUAGCCUAUAUAAAUUGGGGACCAUUUUCUAUACAAGGAUCACUGCUGGCUCCAAUUAACCCCUCCUAUAUACCAAUAGACUUAAGUCAACCCUAUAGCGAUAGCAUGACUUUCAUGGAGAGACUAUGGAACACAUGGGAGCAUAUCAAGUUGUACAAGUCUUCUAUUACAACUUUUGGAAAAGCAAAGGAGAUCUGUUUGAAGUACAGUCGGAUCAUCAAACCAAGUGCUUGUGAGAAUUUGCCUGAUUUCUACAAAACAGUUUCGUUGAUUUUGAUGAACAGGCACAAUGUGUUACAUUAUCCAGCUCCAUUUAUGCCUCAUGUGAUCUCGAUUGCUGACUUUUUUCUAGAUCCACCAAAGCAGUUGGAUGCUUAUUACAAUGACAUCGUAGAAAAUAGUGGCUCUCAUGGUGUUAUACUGGUUAGCUUUGGUUCCCUAUUUCGACGUCUUUCUGACACGAGAGCUGCAAUGUUUGCCCGUGCAUUCGCUGCAAUGCCUCAAACUGUCAUAUGGAGUUAUGAUGGAGAUAAACCAGAAGGUCUAGGUGCCAAUACUAUCAUUGACAAAUGGAUCCCACAAAAGGACCUCAUGAGCCACCCGAACAUAAAACUGGUGGUGCAUCAAUGUGGAAUGACAAGCACUUUUCAAACUAUCCACUAUGCCCAACCUACCGUUAACAUACCAUUUUUCCUGGAUCAAGUCUACAACUGUGAAAAACUUGCGAAUCGUGUGAAGUCAGGGGAGCUGUUACGAGUGGAGGGGUUAACAAGUGAAAUUCUACUGAAGGCCAUGAAGAAUGUGAUCAGCAAUGCAACAUAUAAAGCUAAUGCUGAGAAGGCCUCUAAGAUUCUGUCAGAUAAUGACAUGGAUCCAAGCGACAAGGCAAUAUACUGGAUUGAAUAUGUCCUUCGUCAUAAAGGGGCCCAUCAUCUGCGCUCUCAGGGGAUGAAUAAUCUUAGCUUCUGUCAGUACUACCUGUUGGAUAUUAUUGGACUUGUUUUACUCAUUGUAAUUUUCAUUCUCUAUGUUGUUGUUUCUCUUGUAAAGUUCUUAGGAAGGAAAAUUUGGCCUUAUAAGCAAAAGAGAGACUGA